AUGGGCCAACAGGCCUUUCCUGCUAGGCGUGAUAAUGCAGCCAAAGAGAGGCGUCGUCUCCAACGGCAGAAGAAUAGUUAUCUUCCUGGUGCUUUCAAAGGGCAAGACGAGGUUCGAAACAAAGAUAAGAAGCUUCCGGGGACUAGAGAAUUACACAAAGAAGCUCUUGAUCUUUGGCUUGACUUUACAUCUGACCCAGAGAACGGAUAUGAAGAUUACAAAACAUUUGAAGGCUGCGCCCCUCCAAGUCAUGAAAUGGUGAAGGGAUUUAUCCGCUGGUAUAUCGACUCUACUGUUGGCCGACUCGACAUUAAUAAAAAACCAACUGUGAGAACGAGUAAGGCGUGCGCAGAGAGGUUCUUCGGCGGUUUCAAAGAUUUCACCAAAACCGAGGUCCCUGAACCAGAUCGAAAAGAAAUAUAUGGUCAUUCCAGACAUAUUUGGUCUGGCGCCGUUGACGAUAAAUUGCAGUGGAUCAAAAAUACAUUGACCAAAGAUGGAAAAGUCGUGAACAAAAGAAAACAGAAAUACAAUUUCAGAAAAGAGGAUUUUCUGAAGGUUGUUGCUUCAAUGUGGAAGGAUGAUCACAAAAGUUUCAUCCCUGUGCUGAUGAAACCUCAAAUUCUAUUUGCCCUUCAGUUAUAUCUCUUUACGGGGGCAAGAGUUGGGUCCUUCAUGCCUUCGCAUAGGAACAAACAUGAAAGAGGUCUCCGAUAUGAAUGCCAGCAUAUUGAUUUGGUACUAUUUCCAUCACCUACCGCACAAUGGGAAAUUGGAUGGAGAGUCAAUCAGAUUUGGUUAAAGAACAAUCGGGACCCAGAAUACACAAUUUUUGGAAUUGGCAUUCGUGAUAGUAAGCGAGCACCAUUUGCGUCUGGCGACCUUCUUCUUGGACUUGCGCUGGGACAUGGCGCUCUUUUCGCAAUCGAAAGCCGGUCAGACUUGGCAAACUUUGAUCUUUCCAAUGGAGAAAUACCAUUAAGAUGGAAAGAGAGCUACUUGAAGAAGCCCAUUUUUCGAAAUGUGACGGCUCGCGGGCCACAAGAUACCCCUCUCACAAACAAAGACUUCUACAGUUAUCUUCACAUGUUCUUCGAUACGGCUGGAUACAGUGAGCACCCAACCAUACAUUGUAUCAGACGAGAUCUAGCCCAAGAAGUUGAAAAACGGUACGGAUCGGCGCCAGUUUCUCAAAUUCUAGCACAACGAGACCCAAAAACGUUUCCAGAACACUACCAAGCCCAUUGUUCCUCCGUGGAUACAGUCUCAGCUGUGCUCGAUGAGAAGAAAGUAACAAAACACAUAGAGUUCUUCCAGGGAUAUGGCCAGUUUUGUCAGGCAGGACUUCCUCUUGAAUUACCUGCUCACAUAAAGGAGAGUGUUCUGAUGCUACCUGAAAUGGUAGAGAUGAGUAGAAAUAUCGAAGUUGCUAAAACAUGCAAUGCUCAAGAAGCUGUUCGAGUCACGAAGCAGAAAUAUAAAGCAGCACUUGCUCGACAGCAUCGAGCUAAGCUGAAGGAAUACCAAGCUUCGUGGGUACAAACGAAGCGAGAUGAAAAAAUCUUAAAUCGCGGAAAGGGGGAGCCGGCACAAGAAAUGAAAAACACUUGCACACGUGCACAAUACUUGAUCAUGCCAGAGCUCGCACGAAUUGCAGCAUCCAUGUCCUGUACAGACGAGCUGACCUUUGAAAAGAAACUUUCCUUUGUGGAAGACCUCCGCAUUCUUUGCUCUCGAAAAGAAGAUGUGAUCUAUCUUCCCAAUGAAGAGCCAAUCGAGGGUCUUUGUCCAGCAAAGGACUGCCAGAUAGAGAUUCAAAACCUUGCGAAAGGUAAGAGAAGCGCCCACAUUCAUGAUUGCGUUCGACGUGAGACAGGACUCUUGCAUCAAGUCCCUGAAUCAUCGCUGCGCUAUUGCUAUGAGUGUAUGAAGUGGUUUCUAUUGCAAGAUUGGCAGGUGCAUUGUACUACACAUCUCCAGUCAUGGGAGGACCAGCACUGCGAAGUUGUCAAGUACCGCCACACAGUGAUUCGCCCCGCCUACUGCCCUUUCUGUUUGGGGAAUUGUCAAAAGCCAGCCGAGGAGCGUUUACAGUAUUGGACACGUAGCGGUAAUUUACGAGAGCAUAUCGAAAGUCAACAUAUGCAGGAGAUCUCGUGGCCGCCAAAGGCGUCAAUUUGCGGAUGCUCCCAAACAUUUGAGAAUCAGCGCGAACUCAGGCAUCACCUGCAUGACGUGCACGGGCUCAAUAAAACCAUUUGGAGAAAUCCAAAACCACCGAGGAAGAGAAAAGCAACCGACGGCAAUUUUGCUGUGAAACCCGGAGAGAAAGGUGCAAAGAAGCUGCGGUUUUAUCACUGUCCACCCCAGUGCCAAGGAGACGAGUCCCUGAUUUCAAACAAAAUAUUCGUUCCGAUUCCGGCCGCCACGUGCUUUAUCAUAGAGUCGCCCCAAGAGACUUAUUGCUCGAGCAGUAGCGAAAGCUACUCAUCAGGUGCCAGAUGCAACUCCGUGGAAACUCAUUUAUCCACCGAAAAUUCUCAAUCUAGCUCACUCCCGACAACCCCCGGAUUUGACGUUAUUGACCCGAGAAUUCUUGAGCCUCUGAAUAUCGACAAAGAUAUCGAGCACCAAGGCGGGGAUGAAACCGUUAAGCUAGACUCACUGACAGGCUGCUUGGAUGAGUUCGAUAGGACAAAGCCUUCAUUCAAUUACAUCACAAAAUCGGUCCUUCCUGCUCCAACCACUGAACAGGCUGCAAUCGGCAUUGGUCAUGAAAUGGAUGGGGAUAUCAACGCCGUGGGAGAAAAAUGCACUGAGUUCAUGUCUUUUACUCACUACCCUGCUAGAGUGGAAGAUUAUGGUAGGAAUGAUGUGUUCACUGAGGCAGAGAAGGAUUCUGAAAAUGAGAUGGAUGUGAAAACCACUCCUGCACGAAUUAAAUCCACGAGCCCAACAUAUGGCCGCGAUGGCAAGUAUCUCAAAAAAGAUGAAUAUAGCAAACACGAACAAAAGCUGUUACCAUCCGCGGCAAGGCCAAAUUUGAAUGACUUGCGCCAGAAGCUCAAUGCAAGGGAUAGAAGGAAGUUGCUCGCACUCAAGAGCGAGAAGAAGACUCUCAGACAGAUUGCACCUCAGUUCCCUCAUCUCGACACAGGUUUCCUGAGACAGGCUUGGGGAGAGUUGAAGCCUUUCGAGAGAUGCACGAGAUCACGAGUCUCAAGAAAUAGGUAG